AAUUCAUGUUAUAAUGUAUUCUAUAUUAAUCGUUUAUUUAUAUUGUUAUGGUUAUACAUUUGUUAAUCUAUUAAAUACAGAUCAUACAAUGAAUGAAUUUAUAAAUGAGAAUAAUGAUGAAUAUGGAAAAUUAAUUUGGUCAAAUGAAUCGUACAGACAAUCUUAUCAUUAUUAUUAUACACAAUUGAUUAAAGUGAAUCAAUUAUCUCCUAUUCUAUUUCAUGCAUUUAAUCAAAGUUUCAUUAAUGCAAUAUCAUAUCUGAAUGUAAGUACUUUAUUCCCAAUAAAAUAUUAUGGUAUGGAAUAUAAUACAGUGAAUAUAUUAUCUAAAGGAAUUGUGGGUAUUGGAAAAUCAUUUCGUCAUUCCGGUGCAAUGAAAAAAAUUGAAGUUUUCAAUGGGAUGGAUAAAGAUGGUGGAGUGGAGAUAAUGAAUACUAAUACAUUUUUGGCUAUAAAAUGGAUGAAUUUAAGUAUAUCUACUUUGCAUGAUGAUGAACCGGAAGAAUAUGCCAUAGUAACUUGUAUUAUAUACUCUAAUGGUAAUAUAUCAAUUUACUAUGAGAAGAUACCAACAGAAUUUGGAAAUAAUGGAGGGCACCUAAGUAUUACAGAUGGUUAUGAUUAUGCUACAUAUAAUGCAACUGGACUAUACAUCAUUAAAACUUCAUAUAGUAGUAUUAAAACUCCAAAAACGAUGAUAAGAUCUGGAACGUUGGUUGAACUCACUCCAAAUAAAAUUUGUUCAGAGCAACAACAUUGUGAAACAUGUAUUAAUGCAUCAACUUUAAAUGAAAAAUGUUAUUGGUGUCCAAUUGUUAAUAAAUGUAGUCAUGGAUUUGAUAUACAUCGGCCAUUAUGGAUGUUAAAAAGUUGUUAUAUUAAAAACACUACAAAUUGUCAAGUGUCAACCACUUCCAUGUACACACAGGAUCAUGAUCUAAGCAACAUACAGACCACUGAGUAUUAUUCAAAUAAUUACAGUUUGACAAACUAUGCAACAACAACAACAACUUCUGAACUAACAACAACAGAUUCAUUAAACUCUAAAAUGAAAAAAAAUGGAUUACAAACUAACCAACUUUCAUCAUUUAUUUGGAAUGAUAGAAACUUAGACAAAAGUGGUAUCAAUCUCCCUUUAUAUUCAUUCAUUUUAAUGCCAACUGGAUUAGCGGUGCUUUUUCUAACUCUAAUAUGUACUCUAUGGUUAUGUAUAUAUAAAAGAUCAAAAGUAUGUUAUUGUCUAAUGGAAGAAGUUGAAUUUUUUGUUUUUAAAGCAUACCAUUUUAUGUCUUUGGACAUAAUCUAUUCAAAUGAAUUAAAGAGACCAAGAACAAAGGGUUGGUGUAUAAACCUUUGUUCUUACUCUCAUUGAAAUCAUAAAGGGAACUAUGUGCAUGAAAUUUCUUAAAAUGUAUCUCCCUGCACAGUCACUUAAGUCACUGAAUCACCUGGUGACAAUACGCUGAAGAAUAUUGAAAGAAAUAACUUGAUUUAAGUUUUUUGAUGAAUGUCUCAAGUCAUGCUGUUUCCCCAUGUCAAUUCUUAAAAUGUUUGUUCUCAUGUAAACUUCCACCUUCUCUUAAAAAAACCUUCAAUGUAUCACAAAAUCGAAUACUACACUAACCUUUGUUCUUGUUCUCUUUAAAAUAAUAAACGGAACUAUAUGCAUAAAAUGAAUAAUUAUUAGAGACACGUUCAGUAUAGAUAUCAUUUCAAUAUACUUGU